AUGGAAACAUCAGACGAACAAAGGAAGAAUCCAUCCAGCAAAAACGUGGAAGACCACAACAGUAUACUAAAUCCACACCUAGGCCAGACACAGACCCACUCGUCUUUCUCGGAGACUGCUCCUGCUCCUUCAGCUUCUGCGUCUCCAUCUGCCGAAUCUCAUGCCAGCACCUCCUCGGGUGCUGCUUUUAAUUCAGCGGGCACCAUUACGAAAAACAGAAAUAAACAGGAGUCCCAAACGUGUGAGGUUACGGAAGCAAGUUGUGCUUUAGAGGAUUCAAACUACCCGGAGGAAAAACAGAAAAUGCUUGAUCAACCUUUGGCAGAUUCACCCAAAUCUCAUAAAACCGUGAUAAUUAAGAAAGUAGACUGUACCGUUGAAGGGGUGCCAGCUGAGGUAAAACCGGAAUUGCUCUCUAUUCCGCAAACAAAUUUUGCUAUCGGGGUACUAGUCAUGUGCUGCUUCAACCCCCCGUUUGGACUUUUAGCUCUGUACUUUUCCCUGAGAUCGGCAGCGGCGUAUCGUGACGGGGACAAAACUAAAGGAGCUUGGUUUGCGCGUACAUCCAUAGUGGUCAGUUUGUUAGGGAUCAUGCUGACCAUGGUCAUCAUCACUAGUGUGGUCCUAUAUAUUGCUGUCAAUAAAAACAACGCUAGGAAAGCCAGCCGAAGAGCCAGCUCUAAUACCCUUGGAUUCUAG